GUGUGUGUGACAAAAAAGUUAUCAAACAAACAUCUUUUCUUUCUAAAUAUAUGUUUUAAUUUUUCGGUUCUAUAACGCAUGUCGUGCGUAAAAGCCCGGACAGGCUGGAGCGCUUCAUUUCGAUUCACCGGGGACCCCUGCGCGCAACAAGAGCCCCCCCAUGGGUGCAAUAGUGCAAACACAGGCUGCGGUGAUUGGCCAGAGGUUGAUCAGAUGGUACACUUCCCCUCUGUAUUCAGUGGCACCUCGCAGCCCCCCCUUUCAGCAAAAACCAAAUCUCGGAUAAAGUAAUGGCAAAACCACUUGGACUAUAAAAGACAACAAAUCAUAUUCCUCCGGAGUAUAUACACCCCGUUGUCCACCCAAUGAGUUCCUAUUUUGUUAACUCAACUUUUCCCGUGUCUCUACCGGGAGGACAGGACUCUCUCCUGGGUCAGAUACCGUUAUAUUCCUCGGGAUACACCGAUCCGUUAAGACACUACUCCAACGCGGCCACAUAUGGAGCCGCCAACAUGCAGGACAAGGUUUACCCCGCGUCCUACUACCAGCAGACGGGCGCAGCAGCCGCCGCGGCCAUCUACGGCCGGGCGAGCGGCGGAGCGCCCUGCGACUACAACCCGGUCGGGACUUUCUACAAGGACGCGGAGGGCUCCUGCGCUUUCUCGAGCCGCGAGGAGCAGCCGCUGUUUGUCACGCAGGAGCAUCAGCAGCGUAAAGCGGAGUGCGCGGAACAGGCGGUCAGCAUGAGCAGCAGCAGCAGCAGCAGCCUCGACGACAAGUCCUCCACCCUCAUCUACCCGUGGAUGCAGAGGAUGAACGCCUGCUCCGCCGGGCCGUUUGGCAACAGUGGGCGCAGGGGCCGACAGACCUACACCCGCUACCAGACUCUGGAGCUGGAGAAGGAGUUCCACUUUAACCGCUACCUGACCAGGAGGCGCCGGAUAGAGAUCUCUCACGCCCUGUGUCUGACCGAGAGACAGAUCAAAAUCUGGUUCCAGAACCGCAGGAUGAAGUGGAAAAAGGAGAACAAACUCCUGAAUCCCUCAAAGACAGCGGAGGAGGAGGAGGAGGAGCAGCAGCAGGCGGAGAAAAAGAGCUAAAAAGGACACUGAAGAAAGAGGAAAAGAGGGCACGUGUGUGUGCGUGUGUUUGUGUGCACACUCCUGAAAUAAAAUCAUUUCUUUGUAGAUAAAGUGCCAUGUUAGAGAUAGAGACUUUAUUUCAGUAUGUGCACGGUGAUAAUGUCUGCAUUAGGUUUUAAAAUCUGUCCUUGUGCUCGUGUGUUUAUUUAGGGGACUAUGCAAAAAAAAAAAGAAAAAAACCCGCCAAAAUGUAAAUAAUGUAAGUGUUUAGUUUUUGAAAAUGUUGUUACCUCAUCUACUGACUUUGUUUGAAUUGUUUUUUUGUCCCCUCAUGGCAUUAAAAAGAAACUCUCUGAUGUACAUCUUGUGCUGUAGUUGUUCUCGAAUAAUAUUGAAAAAAAACAAAAAAACAAAAAGAAUAAUAAUAUUAUUAGUGUAUAGGCUUUGUUGUUUACAGCUGUGCCAUCCACAUUUGUACAGAUGUUACAUGUUAUUUAUUGUUGUUCAUUCACCAUGUGUUCAAUGCACAUCUGGAUAUUGUGUGCAAUAUUUUGUUUAGAAAAAUUGUACAUAGAAAUAAAGGCUUUUUGAUGUAUA